AUGAAAACCGACUACUUGGUCGGCGUAGCCUCCGUAGGCAGCGCCUUGGUCAUCCUCAGCUCCCUCUUUGUCGUCGGAACCCUCUUCCAGGACAUCAACGCUCUCUACGAUGAGAUCCAGGUGGAGAUGGUCGAGUUUCGUGACGUAGCCGACAGCACCUGGUUCGGCAUCAUGCAAGCCCAACGCCAAGCCCAGCCCCGCGUCGCCCGUGCCGCCAACUUCAAGGCCGCCGUGAACCUUGUGAUGGGCCGCAACAAGCGUAACGCUGAGUGUGCUUGCGCUUCGCCCGAGAACAACAAGUGCCCAGCUGGACCACCUGGCCCACCAGGACAACCGGGACCAGACGGAAUACCAGGUAUUCCUGGCCCCGACGGAAAGAACGGUGAGAACGGCAUGGACUGGUACGUAAAGGAUGUGACCAAGGAGUGCGUCAAAUGCCCAGCUGGUGAGCCCGGUCCACCAGGAACUCCAGGCCCUGUUGGACCACCAGGACCACAAGGAAUGGCCGGAUCUCAAGGACCACCAGGCAAGACUCAAGAGCCCGGCCCACGCGGAGAGCCCGGACCACAAGGACAGCCCGGUUACACAGGCCAGCCCGGUGAACAAGGAAAGCCAGGAGAGGACGGUAAACGCGGACAUGGUGCUCCAGGACCAAAGGGACCAAUUGGACCACCAGGAGAACAAGGCUACCCAGGUGUUGCUGGUGUACCAGGCCGUGAUGGAGCUCCAGGAGCCAACGGUGAAGCUGGACCUCAAGGAGAGUUGGGACCAAACGGUGCUCCAGGUGUGCCAGGCUUCAUCGGUGGUCCGGGAGUGCCUGGCCCUGAUGCUGCUUACUGUCCAUGCCCUGGCCGUACCAUUCCGGUGGCCAACCAAGGAGCUCAACGUAACGCUCCAGCUCAACAGCCAAAGGAGCAGACCUACAAGCGGGCUUAA